UCGAACGGCUAAGCCAAAAUGAAGUUAUCUUUGUUUUUUCUUUUUUUAUUGGUGGUUUAUUCUUGUUCGGCAUAUGCGAUUGCCGAUCCUGAAGCAGAUGCUGAAGCAACUGCCGAAGCUGAUGCUGUAGCGGAUCCUGAUGCAGAAGCCUCAGCAUUAAGGAAAAAAAAGGGUCCUUCUUUCGGCGUGCGUAAGCCUCAGCCCCCGCGUAAGCGUCCAAACGGACGUAAACCUCAACCCCCGCGUAAGCCUUCAACCAGACGUAAACCUGUAGGGCCGCAUAAGCCUACAGGGGUACAUAAAUCUUCAACUAAGCGUAAACCUGUAGGGCCGCAUAAGCCUACAGGGGUGCAUAAAUCUUCAACUAAGCGUAGACCUUCAACUAAACGUAAGCCUCCAGUCGAGCAUCAUUCAGGAGAUAACCAAAGCUGGCUAAGUCAUGUGUCAGAUAUAACUCAUGACUUAGCACAGUCAGCUCCGGAAUUGUCUGAUAUAGUUAGGGAUAUUACUGGAACUAUCAACGGUACACCUAUAUCUAAAUCUGUAUCCACAACUACAGAGUCGUCUUAUGUCGAUAAUGAAGAUGAAAAUGGAGAUGAUGAUGAUCCAACUACAAAUGGAGAUGAAGAUGAUCCAACUAAAAAUGGAGGUGAAGAUGAUCCAACUGAAAAUCAAGAUGAAGAUGAUCCAACUGUAAAUCAAGAUGAAGAUGAUCCAACUGAAAAUCAAGAUGAAGAUGAUCCAACUGAAAAUAAAGAUGAAGUAAAACACGAUAAUGAUGCUGAAGAGUGGAGUAAAUGAAUUCGUAUUAUCAACUAUAUUAUUAAUAGAGAAAUCUUUACUCUCAGGGGUAAAUUAAAUCUUGAAUUUUCAAAUUAAAUGUCAAAUAAAACUGAAUUUAAAUGCAAAUCUUUUUUAUAUGUAUUAUUUUAUGUCGUCGUUAACCCGUUAACGCCGAGCCGGACAGAAUUUUUUUCUCUAUUGUAGUCUGCAAUUAAAUCACCUUAUCA